AUGGCCAGUCCUAUUGAUUCAAAACCUGGCUCCUUGGAUACCAAACGAAAUGUGGAAUACGACGAGAAUGCUCCUGAACGCGACGAGGUUCUCGAGCGAUACGAGCUCAUCAGGGACAAGACUCCAGAAGAACGGGCUGCUAUUGAAAAGUCACUCGUACGGAAACUUGACUGGAAGUUUCUCGCAAUGGUCACAGCCAUGCUUAUGAUGAAUUACCUCGAUCGAAUCAAUGUCUCCAACGCUCGUCUCGCCGGCAUGCAAGAAGACUUACACAUGACUGACACUAUGUGGUCUCUCGGUAUCUCUUUGUUCUACGUCGGAUACAUCAUUUCUCAGAUCCCCGCCAAUGUCAUUAUCGCAAAGGGAAGACCCCGUAUUCUUCUUCCUUCUUGUAUGAUGGCAUGGUCUGUCGUCACUAUCUGUAUGCCCGCUGUUACUGCAGGCUGGGGUUUUUGUUUAUGUCGAUUUCUUAUUGGACUCGUGGAAGGACCCUUUGUUCCGGCCGUGUCUCUCAUGACAUCGUCUUGGUACACAAAGCACGAGUCACCUUUGAGGAUGGGUAUCUGGCACGCAGGAAACACAAUCUCUCAGGCGAUAUCAGGUCUCCUCGCAGCUGGAAUAUUGACCAACAUGGAGGGUGUCGCCAACAUCAGAGCGUGGAAGUGGUUCCUGCUUAUUGAAGGGGCAGUGAGCAUCCUCGUUGCCAUUGUCAGCUUUCGUUACAUUCCCAACUUCCCUGAUAACACUGGAACGUACUUCAUUACAGAGGAAGAGGCUGAGAUGGCGCAAUACCGUCAGGCCGUUUCUGCUGGUGGUUUGUCUGAAGAUGAUGCUGGUGACUACUGGGGAGGUUUCUGGAUGUGCAUGAAAGACCCAUUUUCACAUCUCUUUGCGGCCAUCCACUUCUGCUUGAUCAUUGCACAAUCCUACAAGGACUUUUUCCCAUCUAUCGUUGCUACUCUGGGCUUCUCUGGUACGACGACGUUUCUUAUACAAGCUCCUCCUCCAAUCAUUGCCUUUCUUGUGACCUUGGUUAUCUCAUGGUCUUCUGGAAAGCGAUUGGAACAUGGUUACCACAUCAUAGUUCCCAUUUUGUUCACAUUGAUCGGAACCUGCAUUAUGAUUACGCAAGAUAACGUUGGAGCACGAUAUUUCUCAAUGAUCCUUCUUGUCAUCGGUCCAUUUGUUGGUCUGAAUCUUCAAAUUUCUUGGGAAACUACUGUUGUACCUCGACCUCGUACCAAGCGUGCCGCUCUAAUCGCCUAUGCCAACUGUGUUUCUUCUGUAUCUCACUGGUUCACACCUUACUUCUUCCUACGAAACCAGGAGCCAUACUACCAGACUGCAGGAGGCGCGAUUAUCGCGGGCUGUGGUCUCGUCGUUAUUUUCGUCUUGAUUACGAAAUGGUAUGUUCACAAGAAGAACAAGGAAUUGGAAGCUGCAGAGAAUGCUUCUGGAGAGCCUAAGGGAUGGAGAUUUGCUGGAUAA